UGCAUCCCGUGCUGGGCUCUCCUCAUUCUGGUGGGGACAACUGAGAGCAGGAUGUGGCCACUUUAUCCCUCACAGCUAAAGUUUUCAGCCCCAGAGUCCUAGCUUUGCCUCGGGACAAUUUAGGUUUGCUGCUGAGAGCCAAAUGUGAAGACUGUCCUAAGAAACCUGGAGCCAAGGAAGCUUGCCAGAGCUCUGCGGAGAGGGCCAGAGCCUUGCUGAAAGAAACAGAGAGGGGAAAACAAGUUUAAAAAUCCUCCAUGAAGUGUGCUAUGCUCUGCCAUUUAUUCCCAAAGCUCCUGGAGGCAUUCCUCUCAGGAAAGGUGGAGUUGGUGGCGAGAAGCCGGAUGUGAGGAGACCUCCUGGGAGGACAGACUAAUCCAUUUUUUGAAUUUCCUAUGUGGGGACAAUCUUAGAGCCCCGGCAAGACUUUGAGACACCCCGAAGAUGAGUGCUAACAGCCAGGCCGUGAGCCAGCUUCUCUGGCAGGGCCCCGUGUGCGCUGGCUGGAAGCGGGAUCUGGAAGGGGCAGUCUACCAUCUGGCCAACUGCUUGUUGCUCCUGGGCUUCAUGGGGGGCAGCGGGGUGUAUGGAUGCUUCUACCUCUUUGGCUUCCUGGGCACGGGCUACGUGUGCUGUGUGAUGUGGGGCUGGUUUGAUGCUUGCGGCCUGGACAUUAUCCUCUGGAGCUUCCUGCUGGCAAUGGCCUGCCUGCUCCAGCUGGCUUACCUGAUCUACCGCCUGCGCAGGAACACCCUCCCUGAGGAGUUCGAAGUCCUCUACAAGACACUGUGUCUACCCCUGCAGGUGCCUCUGCAGGUGUACAAGGAGAUUGUUCACUGCUGUGAGGAGCAGGUCUUGACUCUGGCCACUGAGCAGACUUAUGCUGUGGAGGGCGAGACACCCAUCGACCGCCUGUCCCUGCUACUCUCUGGCCGGGUUCGUGUGAGCCAGGAUGGGCAGUUUCUGCACUACAUCUUCCCUUACCAGUUCAUGGACUCUCCUGAGUGGGAAUCGCUGCAGCCUUCGGAGGAGGGAGUGUUCCAGGUCACUCUGACUGCCGAGACCCCGUGUAGCUACAUUUCCUGGCCCCGGAAAAGUCUCCACCUUCUUUUGACCAAAGAGCGAUACAUUUCCCACCUCUUCUCAGCCCUGCUGGGCUAUGACAUCUCAGAGAAGCUCUACGCUCUCAAUGACAAGCUCUUUGCCAAGUUUGGGCUGCGCUUCGACAUCCGCCUCCCCAGCCUCUACCAUGUCCUGGGGCCUGCGGCCUCCGAUACAGGGCCAGAGUCGGAGAAGGAUGAUGAGGAAGCCCGUGAACCAGCCAUGGCCUCAUCCGCCCAGCAAACACCCCCUCGCUCUCCUCUUCCGGCUUCUGCCGGCCCCCCUGCACCUCCUUCCCGGGCCAGGAUGUCCAGGCCUGACAGCGGCGUCCUGGGUGAGGACUCCACCAGUCUGGUGCUGGAGGAUUUUGAGGAGGUGUCGGGAUCAGAAUCGUUCAUGGAUUAUAGGAGUGAUGGGGAGUACAUGAGGUGAGGGAGAACUAACAUGGGCCCAGCCACCCGGCUCAGGAUCCUGUCUUCUAGAACUCCUCUCCAUAGUUACUCUAAAGUUAUGUCCAGGGGACAGGCCCCCUUGGCUCCAACCCACACUCCUGAACUUUAAGGAUCCACAGGCUACCUUCUUCUCCGGCCACACGAAUCCUCACAGGAGGGUCACUUGAGUGCCCACCCCGUCGUACCCACUAGAAGGCUCAUGGGCCAGGUCGGAGCAGACCCAGGAGACAUCAGUGCUACAGCUACUCCAAGGGCCCCCAGCAACUUGUGCAGAUUUGCCCUCACCAGCAUUCCUUCCAGAAGAAGGCACCCAAAAAUGCAAAAGCACUGAUUCCAUCCUUCACUAACUGCAGAGUCUUGGGCAAGUCCCAUAGGCUCUCUGAGCCUCUCCUGUAAAGUUGGGACUUAUGAAACCCAUCUCACAGGGUUGUUGUGAGCAUCGAAUGAGAUGACUUAGGUAACGCACCUCAGACCUGGCGUGGCACCUCGUAAGCACUCAAUAAAUCACUCGGGCUUUUGUCCCUAUGUUGUUUCUUGGAACUGUCUGUAAGGGUCUCUGAAGUCAGCUAGCCAAGAAGUUUUCACGGUUUGCUUGUUUGUUUGUUGUUUUUUCCAGUUAGAUUCAAUUUAUGGAAGUAGAAAUUUAAAAACCUAGUUUUCCCUUAAGCUUUUAAGUUCAACUUACAAAUCUCUUGUUCUGUUUAGGACCCUAGCAUUAAACAAUAGUUUUUAGGGGGACUUUAACAAACUCAGUUAAUUAAAUUUCCUUAAACACUUCAAAGUGGGUUUAUAAAUUUAACACCUUCUAUUUUACUUUUUCCCUAAAUACUUCAGCAUAUAUUCCAGUUAUCCAUUGUUGUGUAACAUUCAUACCUGAAAUGGUGACUUAAAAUAGUUUAUUUUGCUGAUGCACGUGGGGCUUGACUGGGCCCCGCUGGGCUAUUCUCACUCAAGGUCUUUUGUGCUGUCGUGUUCAGAUAGUGGCUCGGGCUAGAGUCAUCUCCAAGACUUCACUCGUGUUUGGGACCUAGUCUGGGGACACUCAAACGGCUGAGGACCGAAACAGCUGGGAGUCCUUGGGCAUCUCUGUCUCCCUCUCUCUCUAAUAGUUUGUUCAUUGUGUUGCUGAUGGCAAAAUU